GGAGCUGAUCGCAAAGGGCCGUACGUGUGCAUGUGUGCCACGACCCGCAUGGAGUGCGGAGCGUUCCCGUCGCUGCCGGGCAGCCCGCGAUCCCGGGGCUGUCUGAUCCCUGCGCGUAGGGCAGCUCGGUUUGUUUUCCGCUGGACUCUCUGCUUUGUAUCAAUGAUUUGUUCCUCUCCCUUUCAAUGGAGAGUGACAGUAUAGAUCAAUAAUGAGGACCAGCCCUCGCAGGCCCUUAAUUCUCAAAAGACGGAAACUGACCCUCCCACAGACGGAUGAAUCCAGCACUUCAGCAAGAGAUGAGAACAGAGGUCAGGAUGAAAAGACUCCCAAGCAGGAGCACAGCCAGGAGGACCAACACAACAGACAACCCCGAGACAAAAGGGACUGUGGCCUGCAGAAAUUCCCAGCGGGAAUAAAGAUAAUUGACCAUCCUACAAUGCCCAACACACAAGUGGUGGCCAUCCCUACAAAUGCUGAUAUCCAGAGCAUCAUAGAGGCACUGACAGCAAAAGGAAAAGAAUGUGGCAACAAUGGACCCAACAAGUUCAUCCUCAUUAGCAGUGGGGGCACAUCCCGUUCAGCAGGUCCAGCACCAUCACAGCACCUCCCAUCAGAGAAGAAAGCCAGUGCAGCAGUCAAGGCUGCAGAUGGUGCAGAAAGAGAGAAGAAUGUUACACAGACACCUGGUCUUGCCGGCGGGACAGCGCUCUGGCAUUCAGGAGCUGAUUCUGCGGGUGGACAGGAACAGGAGAGCAACAGCAGUGGUGAGACAAUGAGCUCUGUGUUGGACAAUAGUCUCACUAACAUCCAGUGGCUGGGGAAGAUGAGAUCUGAUGGGCUAAAUCCCUCUUCUGUGAAGCAAGACACAGAGAAGGAGAACCAAAUGCCUCUGCAGGAAAGAAUCAAGACUGAAGAAGAAGCUGCUGCUGCUAUUCCUACUGCUGCUGCAUCCUCAUCAUGGCAGGAUUCAGUGUCAGAACGACCUCCUUACUCCUACAUGGCCAUGAUCCAGUUUGCCAUCAACAGCACUGAGAAGAAGCGUAUGACUCUGAAGGACAUCUAUACCUGGAUUGAGGAUCAUUUCCCUUAUUUUAAACAUGUAGCUAAGCCAGGUUGGAAGAACUCCAUUCGGCACAACCUGUCCCUUCAUGAUAUGUUUGUCCGUGAGACAUCUGCUAAUGGUAAAAUCUCGUUCUGGACUAUUCACCCUGAUGCAAACCGUUGCCUAACAUUGGACCAGGUAUUUAAGCCGCUGGAAUUGGGGUCACCAACAUCGCCUGAAUGCUCUGAAUCACAGCAAAAGAAUCGUCUUCCAGAUACCCUGAAGAACGUGGGAAACAAAACUGAACCCCAGAAUUCACGCCGAAAGAUGAAGCCUUUGCUUCCCCGCGUCAACUCCUACCUGGUUCCAAUCCAGUUUCCUUUGAGUCAGCCUCUUGUCCUGCAGCCUUCUAUGAAGGUUCCUCUAUCCAUGGCACAGGGAGCAUCCCUUAACAGCUCAGAGACUUUGCAGAGCAAUAAGCGUGUGCGCAUUGCUCCAAAGAUGUCACUGUCUACAGAAGAGUCACCCUCUUUACCCACGGCUGCUGUCAAGGAAGAGGGUCAAUGUGAUGAGGGUUUAUUCUCCCCAGCCCAUUCCCUAAAGGAGAACAGCUCCCAGCCUGGUGAGGAAUUGGCUUCUUUCCCUGAAGGUGUCUGUAUAAAGGAGGAAGAAGGCUGUCAACUGGAUGACUGGCUGUCCCCAUUUGCCUCAACCAUAACGGUAAAGGAAGAGCCAGGCUUAUUCCUCCCAGACUCAUCCACAAAGGAGAAGAAACAGGUCACCACACUGAAGUCCCCACCUAGGGCUGUUUCUGACUCGUUAGUUAUAAAGAGGCGGGAAAGGCGGGAAAUGGGCAGAUCCAGGAGGAAACAACGUCUAGCACUGCCUUGCUCAGAAGAACCUGUCCUUGUUUUGCCAGAAAGCAACAGCUUUGACCCUUUUCGGUUAGCGGCAGACUGUCCCUUCCCACUGGAAAGCCAGCCUCUUGAACAGGUAUCACAGCUCAGCUGCUCGCAGGGAGAAGAAGGAGCCUUUAAAACACCAGUCAAGGAGAUCUUCGGCAAAUUGCCAGUUUCUUCCACUCCCAGCAAAGUCUCAGCCACUACUACCCCCUCUCUAGAGGGCCUUGACCUCUGGAAGUCUGCUUCCUUAGCCAAGGGAAGUCACGAGCUGGACUUCAGUCCAGUGAAAACCCUUCAGUUGCCAUUCACACCCCUCCAGGACAACCAGGACUUACUGGGUUUUAACAGCACACCCCUUAAAAAUCCGCUCUUUGAUUCUCCUCGGGAAUUUCUCAAUACAGAAUCCAGUGAUAUGGCUCAUGCCCCCCUCACAAGCUCUCCAGCGUUGGUUCGUGAGUCCGCUAAGCAAUCAUCUGCUGAACUGACAGCCUCUGGCUUUACUGAAAACCGGUCACUCAUGGAGGGCCUUAUCCUGGACACCAUGAAUGACAGUCUGAGCAAAAUCCUUCUGGAUAUCAGCUUUCCCGGUCUUGAGGAUGAAAAUUUAGGAACAGACAUUAGUUGGUCUCAGCUGAUACCUGAACUGAAGUAAACUGGCCUGAGGGCUGAAUUUGGCUUGUUCUGAUGUUACAGAAAGCACUCUACAUGUAUGGAUCUCAGAUGAGUAGUCUAAGACAACUCCUUUGACUAAUUUCCACAACAGGAAUAAUAAGAGGGUGUAACUGACUCCUGCUAAGCUGGGAGACAGGCCCAUCAGCUGCUAUGAGCUUCUUUUAUAAGAUGCUAUAGACUUUGUGUAGAACAAGGUAGAACUGCUCUAGCCUUGUGCUAGAGAUAAGAAUCCCUGGAGAGAGGUUAUCAAGAGAACAUCUAGAUAGGCCCUGAAUGGCAUUUGCUCCUCGGUAUCAGAGGAAAUGAACACACUCCUCAGUGUGUUCUCAGGAAAGAGCCUAAGAACCUCAUCCUAGCUCUAUCUUAAUUUCCUUUACUUUGUUCCCCUAUUACUUAGUAUCUUCUGUCUAGAUUUAAUGGGUGUAAAUACUGUACAUUCCUUAAAUUAGCCCUUAAUUAUAAGAAUAAUUUUAUUAUUGUAGGGUUACGGGAAUAUUUUGACUGGUAAGGGAUUGACCUAGAGUGUUGUCCGUAUGUUCCACACCUCCUGUAUUCUACCCUAAAUAAGACCUCAAAGUGAGAGGCGUGAAGUACUUAUGGAGAAGAGCUCACAUCAAGCCAUAUAGCUCUUUUGAUUCCAGAGUCCUAUUAUGUACCUGGAGGACUAGGUAGAGACACUGUUGCAGUAAGUUGGACGUCUAUUGAAUUGUUAAAGCUUCUAUCAUUACAGUCAUCAGUUGAAAAUGUAAAAAAGAACCUCUAAAGCGAAUGCUGAUAUUUCCACUGUAAAGUGACCUCUGAAAAUACAAGGUAUGUGUGUCUCGGUGCAGCAGAACAACUAUUCCCAGCUCUCUAGAACUUAUGUCAAAGUAGGAAAUUGCCAUGGAAAAGAUCUGAUCCUUCUGCUUUCAAAGAAAUGGUGAUUCCUGUAUCUACAUACUCAAUAAAGCUUCUGUGGGAACACA